AUGGCAGACUCGGAUGGGAAUGUACCAUUAUGGGAUGCAAUGCUGGGUGGUCAUGAACAUGUGAUCAAACUUCUUACGGAAAAUGGUGCAAACCUUAAUUCUAGAGAUAUGGGUCACUUUGCAUGUACUGCCGCUGAGCAGAACGACUUAGAAUUACUUAAAGAAAUUGUUCGCCAUGGAAGGGUUAUCACAGAAACUAGGAAAAAUGGCUCCACUGCUCUCCACGUUGCAGUUUAUGAAGACAACAUUGAAAUAGUUAGAUUUCUCUUAGACCUAGCAAUUUGUCUAUUAAUGGUUCAAAAACUUUGA